AUGCUGAACCAGGACCUCGACCAACGACACCUCGCAUCGGCGCCCGCACCCUCGACCUCCGCAUCACCAACAGCCACACGCUCCUCGCCGGAGAGCACCGACACCUCGGCGUCCAACACCGCACCAGCCACACCCCCUUGCUUUGCUGCCAGAUCUGCCUCAGCUUCGACCGACGCCAUCGCCCUCUGCGGCGACGAGUCAAUCGCAGCAAACUCGGACCGCCCCACGCACAGAGGAAUCACAUCGCAACCUCGCAUCAGGCCUCAGCAGGGUCACUUGCUGUCGUCGUACGACCCCAAGCAGGAUCCGUACACUGCCAGCAUGGAGGCCAAGCUGCCCACCUCGCCUCCAACCCGCCCCGUCUCGACCUCCUUAUCCAAUUGCCUCGAUCUCAGGCAAGAGGCAGCAGCCCGCCUCCUCACCAGCUCGACCGUCGUCCAUGAACAGCCGAGCAUGGAACAGCCAACCCGCACUGCUCCAGCCUUUAGCCCCACGGAUCGCGCUUCUGCUGAUGAGGCUUCGUUCGCCGACGACGUUAACGACGACGACGACGACGGCGACGAGCACGACGACGAGACCGACGGCUUCUUUUCCCUCGACAUGGACCUCGACAUCGACGCUCCUCCAUCGCAGAUUACACCCGGUCGUGUCCUCGGACAGUCGCCGCUGACUGGGUCCUCGACGCCUGCCAGCCAACAGGCCGCCCCCGCCGCCCCUGCCACGGCCGCAUCCGCCCACCGUGCCUCGUCCUUUGGCGCCAGCCACAGCGCCUCGCCGCUGCCCAGCUUCCGUCGACGCGACAGCCGGCAGGACGACACCGCACCUUCGCCGUCGUUCGGACCCAUCGUCCCCGAGGUCGACCGACGCGGCAACCUCGAAUACAAGCUCAAGAUCCUUCCGCCCACCCGCGAGCGCUUCGACCGCCUCGUCACGCAGCUCAAGUGGCGCCUGCUCGAAGGGGGCGGACUCGCCGUCUACGAGAUUGGCGUCCUCGACGACGGCACCCUCAUCGGGCUCGACGGCGCGUCGAUGCGGGACUCGCUCAAGCUGCUCAGCGCAAUGGGUCGCGAGGUGGGAGCGCGGUGCGAGGUGCGCCGCGUGCUGGCCCUCGAGCGGCAGGCAAAGCAAGGCAGCGCCCUCGGCAGCCCACCUUCUUCCCCCGAUCCCAGCGAAGAUGCCGACAGUGCAAAGGGGAGGGACGGCGGCGCCAUCAGUGUCAGGGCGCUCGACGAUGCCGAAGCGCGGCAAGUGCUCACGCCGGUGGCAGGAUCAGCGCCCUCUGAGGAUGGGCAUGAGCAUGCGUUGCACGAUGCGGCAGGGGCGGACACCGUCGGCAGCUAUGGUUUUGCGCUGAGCGAUGGCGAGUACGGCGACGAUGACGACGAUGAUGACAAUGACGACGACGAGAGUGCGGGCAACGAGGCCGAGAGCGCCACGGCGGACGGCAUGCUACCGGGAGGCCCCUCUGACAGGGGCGCUGCGAUUACGCCCCCCGGCGCCAUCGAGGUCGUCGAGUCGUCGGACGAGGAGGGCUUCGGCUUCUCGCUUUCGAUCGAUGGCGACACAGCCAGCGAUCUCGGGGCGCAGCCUGGCGCGCCACCCACAGCCGACGAAGCGGGGACCGCACACUCCCCUCCGUUUCCACCAGAUGUCGUCUCUGCAAACGGCUCGCGGUCGAACCGUGACGUCUGCCUCGCCGGGGGAGGUGCCGCAGAUUCCAGUGAAGGGCGACUGGGCCCUUUGGACUUUGCUGCCACGCCGGAAAAUGCUCCGGCUACUCUCGAAGCUAACGGGCACGCCGGGGAUGCGCCCGCCGCACGGUUAGAGGACAGCAACGGCGCGCAAAGCGCGGGCCAGGCCACUGCUGUGCCUGUCGCCAUGCCCGCAAACGGAGUGGAACGCCACGUCGACCAGCCGAGCUCAAACGACGAAGCAGACCCACCGGCCCUCGAUCCCGACUUUGCCGCCAUCGACGUCAAGGGCCUCCAGUCGUUUGCCCUGGCCAACGGAGGAGCACGCAACGGACUCAGGGACGGCUCGAAUCCCGGCGCGACUCUGGUCAACCACAGCGCCCCGCUCGGUGGCCGGCGUGGCAGAGACGGCCGGGUGCCGUUCGCCGACCCGGCGCUGAUCGUCGAUCCCGUCUCGCCGACCGACUACGAGCUGCUCGUCGGGCGACAGGUCAAGGUCAAUGUCGGCAAGCUGCCCAAACGGCGCGGCAAGCGGAGGGGCGCCAGCGGUUGGCGGAUCGACAGCGAAGACGACCGCGACGGGACGGGCGCGUCGCUGGAGCGCCGCAUGCGUCGUCUCGCCGAGCUCAAGGCGGCCGAGCGAGCGGGUGCCGGUCAAUUGCCGGCAGCAGGCUCUGGAACCAACGGUGCUCUCCGGCAAGACGCGUCGGGCAUCAGCAACAGCAACAGCAGCAGCGGCAACUCGAUUGCCCAGGAGCUCGUGCAGCAGAUGCUGGCGCUGCAGCUGGCCUACCCGGAACUGCGUCCCCGGCAAGACCAAGGCGACGCCGGCAUCGCCGAGGAUGGCGGCAGCCACGGGUCGUCAGAUGGCCGGGCCGCCGUGUACCGGCAGCCGCCGUUCAAGGCCUUUGACCAAGACGCCGUGUCGCCGUUCCUCGCGCUCGACGACGCCGAGAUCGAGAGCGCGCGCGACGCCGACGGCAUCCGCGAGCUGUUCCAGCGCAAGCGACAGGAGAUCCUCAAGGCGCGCCGGGCGUACAAGCAGAGCCAGCGCCACCAGCAGCAGCAGGUUGCCGCGCAGGCCACCGACGAGUCGGGCGCGAGCGGCAUCACGUUUCUCGAUCCGUCCACGAGGGCCGAUGCCUCCCGACGCCGGACCGGGCAGCAGGCGACGGCGCCGCGGGACGAGGAGGGGCGUCGGCAGCAGCAGCAGGUCGAAACGGGCGCCGGCUGA